UCAGGUGCAACUUCUCCUACCGGGACAAGUGACCGCUUCAAACCCCUCGACAGCAUGUGGAUGUUUUUGUUGUCCAGCCAAAUGUAAGGGGUGGGGAAACCCCGGGAACAUUAUUACCCGAAGUCUGUCCAACACUGAAACGGGAGAUCUGUUACACCUUGCCAUCAGAGUGUGAUGAUGAUGGGCCACCAGAAUGAUGAGGAAGUGGGUGGUAAUGAAGACAACAGAUUCUACAUCGAGGCCUCCAGUAGCUCAGAAGGUGAGCUGGGGUUUAGUCAGUACAAACAGUCCAGCUCACCGAGAGCUCCCCAGGCCACUGGAGGACACUCUCCACUAGUUCUGGCCUUCCCUCUCUCGUCUGGCCGGGCUCUACGGGACGUGUUGCCACUGGACAGCAGCCCAAGCCCGAACUCCAGGCUAAGCCUCCACUCAGAGCAGGUCCUGGACCUGGAGUAUGAUGAUGAAGUCCUAGAGGAGUGGAUGAUCCUGGGAGGAGAGGAGCAGGAGGGAGAUGGGGACAUUCAGCUCAACCUGGGGUACUGGAGCAGCAGCUCAGAGUCACAUUCUGGAACAGAGGAUGAAGAACUGAAUGCAAAAUAUGCUCUCAAACACAACUGGGCCAUAAUAGAGAAGGACAAGCCACGCCCAUACCGCUAUUUCAGCUCUGACCGGAGUCUCACCUGUCACAACUGCAACAAGACUGGACACCUGGCCAAGGGCUGUACCACCCCGAGGAGGCGACCCACCUGUGUGUUGUGUGGGCUCCAGGGCCAUGUCCAGAGGGCCUGUCCAGGCCGGCACUGCCACAGCUGUGGGCUCCCCUCACAUGGGUACCAGCCCUGCCCUGAACCCCCUUUCUGGAACCAGCACUGCCACCGCUGUGGGAUGGCUGGCCACCUAUCAGAUGCUUGUCCGGAUACAUGGAGACAAUUCCACGUCACAACUCAGCAGGAGGUUCCCCUCAGGCCACACGUUGACCACACCCACAAACACUGCAGACACACCGCUCACUGCUACAACUGCUCCAGGAGAGGACACCUCGGCCAUGAGUGUACUCAGAGGAGGAUGAUCAGUGGGACGUUUGCCUCGCUCCCCUACGUCUGUCACUACGACAACAAGCAGGACAUCGUCAAACUGAACACCAGGAUACACAGAAAAGCCAGAGAGCUAAGGGUGGAGGGCUUCAUGCCUCUGUUAGAGCACCAGAGGACCUACGUGACACCAGGGGGCAGUAGUGAAGAGGAGCCACCCUCCCCAGCUCCAGGGAGGAGGAGAAGCCUGGAGGGCAGGAGGAAGACGUGGCCGGAGAGACGCAGGGAGAGACGGGAGGUGAAGAAGCUGAGGAGAGAGGCCCAAGCCAGGAGGGCGGUUGGGACGACCAAAUGGGGCUCAGACGAGAUUGUUUACACCAGGGACCACCUUAAGAACCCCCACAGAGAACCCAUACCUCCCCCUCUGAAGAAGAGACGCCGUGAGGAAAGGAGGGAGAGCAAGAGUGAGGAGAGGAAUAGGAAGGGCAGAAGUAAAGAGAGCAGUAGGAAGAAUAGAGAAGCAGAGAGGUGGAAGAAGAGAGGAGGGCUGAAGCGUGGGUACCUGUACCCCCGUGAUGACUUGGGACCCAUGAAUGAUUACCUCCUCUCCCCCCAAAAUAGGGUGCGAAUUUUAUAAGAAAACAGAUAUGUUGUGUUUGUAUUGUAUUCCAUUAUGUUUGAAUAGCUGAUGAGUGUCUUGAGAAUUUUAGUCAAAUUUUAUUAACAAAUGUGGGUUUUAUUCUUUUUGGUAGAAAUGGCUGGGUUGUGACAUUGCAGGACAGGUUAAACAAAUAUAUAUUUUUAACGUAUUCACCCUACUUGAAUGAUUGACAAAUAAAGCAUUAGGCUAGG